AUGUCAAACUCACUCUCACUCUUUUGCUUUUUCACUCUUCAAUUUCAGUACACAAUUCAUCUUUUACUACUGCUUUGUAGUUGUCUUUUCCUCCUUCUGUACUUAUCACUGUCAAACCAAUUAAACAAAAAGGGGAAAAAAUAUUCCUUGAUCAAGAACUUGUGGUUUCAGAAUUCAGAGGUGGUACCGCAUGCAGAAGCUUACAGCUCUAAGGACGAUCAAGUUUCCCCUGAGAAAGAAGAAUAAAAACGAGAUUAGCUGUGGUUUGCUCAACUGAUGAGUCCUCCAUCAAUAAGUUGUUGAGAGAUAUUCUAUACUGAGAAUUAGUUAGUCAUUCAAAUGGAUCCAGGGAUUGAGGAAUUGCAACAAAUGUUGUCAGACAACUCAUUGCAAGCCACCUCUUCUUCAUCCCAAAUAAAUGUUGAGGGAAUUCUUGAUAGAAUAGACUGCCUUCUUCAAAAUUUGCAAGAUUUUCCUGAUAUUGAGGACCUAGAAGGAAAUCUAAAGUUCUUGAAGAACUUCAUUAUCUUUGUCAUGCUUCAAGGACUCGAGCAUUUUCAGGUCGGAGAUCUGUUGAAUCACGCUGAAGUUGUCCUUGUUGAUGUUGCGAGCUUUGUUUCCAAAACAGGGUUUUUUGAUCGUCUUGAACCUUUUUAUUCUAAUGCCAAGUACGAGAUUAGGAGCAAGAUCGAGCCUUUUAAAUUCCCUGUUUAUCAGAUUUAUGUUCGAGUUCUGCAGGAGAUUUCAAAAUUGUCAUCUUCAUCCACCCAAUCAACACAAAGAAGCCACUCUCUCGAGUUCGCGGACUUUGUUGAUUCUCUCAUUUCUCUUCUCUUGAGUCGAUUGAACCGAGGUACUAGUUUAAUCGAUGUCUUUCGCAGUCAAAUGCAUAAACUAUAUGAGGGACUAAGAUUCUUGAGAAUCACUCUCGGAGAGCAGAAUGAUAAGGUUGAUGAAAAAUGUGAGAAAAGGGAUGGUCUCAUUGGACCUGUGAUUUGUGAGGCAGGAAUUAUAAUUUUCUACCUCUUUCUGUACAGGAAAGAUGAAAGCAGGAAGGUUAGAAAAUUAGAGCCUCUUUUUUCACAUUUGGAGGGAAAUUUAAAGCUCAUCAAGGUGUCAGAAGAAGAAUCACCAGGAUAUCUACUGAAAACAGCAUUUCCUCCCCAAACCAAUUUGCCAGGGGUCAUUGAUUUUGUCUUAGAAAAAUUGAAGUCAUUCAUUCUCAAUGAGAACGCGGUUGAUUCAGAUGUUGUAUCAGAGAAAGAUAAGUUUCAAAUUGUCCAUGAUGAUCUUGCAUUUUUAAGAUCUAUUCUGGCAGAUGAUAUUGGGAAGCAGCAGCUCGAUCAAGCUCUCUGUAAUCGCAUUGCUGCAGUAACCUAUGAGAUAGAAUUUAUCCUCGAUUCUCUAGUGGUUGGAGGCGACCUCGAGAGCUUACUUGUGCUGCUUAACGCUCAUGUUAUUGCAGAGAUUGAACUUGUCAAGGCUGAGGUCUCAGGGAUUUCUCACAGCAGGGGAGAAGCCAUCAAAGUCCAAAACAUUACUAAAGCUCAAAGUAAGAUGGCCAUCGUUGUUGAUAGGAUCCCGAAUUUCAAUGAACCUAUGGUGGGUUUGGAUGAUGAGGUACAAAAGAUAACUGAUCGACUCACAAGAGGAACGUCGCAAUUAGACCUAGUUUCGAUUGUGGGUAUGGCCGGGUUAGGAAAAACUACUCUGGCCAAAAAAGUAUAUCUUCAUUUCUCCAUCUCCCAUUAUUUUUAUGUUCGUUCAUGGUGUACUGUAUCACAAGUAUACAACAAAAAAAGUGUGUUGCUUGAGAUCUUAAGAGGUCUUGUUGAUAAAUCUGUUGGCGACAAGCUAUUGAAUAUGACCGAAGAUGAAUUGGCUCACAAGCUCUACCAAGAGUUGAAGGGAAAAAGGUACCUUAUCGUCUUAGAUGAUGUUUGGGAUACUGAGGUAUGGAGUAGCUUGAGAAUUUCAUUCCCAGAUGAUAUCAAGGGAAGCAGGAUUGUCCUAACCAGCCGACACGAGAAUUUGGCUUGGCAAAUCAAGCGACAUUCUGAACCUCAUUGUCUGCGUGCGCUCAAUGAUGUUGAGAGUUGGGAUUUAUUUCGGAUGAAGGUAUUGUUGGAAGAAGGCUGUCCCUCAGAACUGGUUGCCCGUGCGAAGGCAAUAGUACAACAUUGUAAGGGAUUGCCGCUUAUGAUUCUAAUUGUUGCUGGGAUUCUUUUGAGUAUGGAGCUAAGAACACUGGAAGAAGUUGAAGAAAUGUUAGAAAGGGGUGGUAGUGCUGCCAUUGCUACGGAUCAAUGCAAGGAGACUCUCGAGUUAAGUUACCGACAUUUGCCAGGUCAUUUGAAGCAAUGCUUUCUGUAUUUCGGAGCAUAUAAAGAGGACGAGAAGAUACCUGUUGGGAAACUCUUACAGCUAUGGAUCGCAGAAGGACUCGUGGAGAAAAAUGAAAGAGAGUGCUUAUUAGAGGACCUCGCGAAUGGUUACAUGACAGAGUUGAUACAGAGAAAUUUAGUAAUGAUCUCAGAAAAAGGAUCUAGAGGUAAUGUGAAAUUCUGUGUCCUUCAUGACUUGUUACACGAAUUCUCAGUCGCAAAAGGGAAUGAAGAACGAUUCCUGCAUCGGUUACAUGGCCAAAAAUUCGAUAUUUCCACUGAUCAGCCGAGGUUGAUGUACCGAAUCUGUGUUCAUCCCAAAGGCGUGUCAGAAUUUGCAGGAUCGAGGCAGCUAUGUCCUCGUUUACGCACUUUCUUGUUCUCUGCUGACUUCAGUGGACUUCCGAAAUCAAAACCUCGGUACUUUAUCCCAUUUGAGUUUUGCCAGUACAAACUUUUAAGAGUUUUGGACUUGAGGUUAAUUUGUGAGUUCAAUUGCUUUCCAUCUGUAGUUUUACUACUUAUACACUUGAAGUACUUGGCCUUCAGUAUUGAAAAGGUAUCACUGAACAUCCCUCCAUCAAUUGCUAAUCUCUCGAAUUUGGAGACUUUCAUUGUGAAUGGUGGUUCCACCAUUUCAUUGCCAGAUACCUUGUGGAAUAUGAAAGCAUUAAGGCAUCUGGAUGGUGCCUUUUGGGAAUUGCCAACCGAGAAUCUUGAAGGCGUGUCGAGUUUAGAGAAUUUGCUGACACUCAACACUCUAGUGUUUCCUCGUAGCAAAACGUACAUGGAAGUAGUUUCUGAUGGCCAAAUGCUGAUGGAAAUAUUGGAAAAGUUACCCAAUCUCCGUCGAUUGAAAUGCAUUCUAUACCGGGAUCGAGGGAGCGCUAUGGAUGUCGUACUUGUGGGUGGUCGACUUGAGUCACUCUCCAUCAGUUCCACGGAUUGUUUUGAUUUUCAUUUCCCGCAGAUUCUAAGGAAGCUAAACCUGGAAAACGUUCGCCUUCGGUGGAGUGGCAUUGCAGGAAUCCAGAGGCUACCAAAUCUCGAGGUUCUCAAGUUGCGAGAUAUUGGAUUUGAAGGGCCUCAUUGGGACAUGGAAAAUGAGGAGGCAGAAGAAGAAGUAGGUGGUACAUUCCCCAAACUCCGAGUUCUGAGAUUACGGUCUUUGAGUAAAUUAGUGAGAUGGACGUGCUCGGAUGAUAAUGAUCAUUUUCCGUCUCUGGAAACAUUGGUAUUGCAAGAGUGCUUUUACUUGAAGGAGUUACCUUCCUGUUUAGCCCAAAGUUCAACUCUGCAGAUGAUAGAGGUGAAUUACUGCCCGAAUGCGGCUGAUUCAAUAAAGGAAAUUCAGGAAAUGCAGAUGGAUUUGGGAAAUGAAGAUCUGAAGAUCCUUAUAAGAUGAGGCCAAUCAAACUCAAUGUGGACCUUAAUUAGUUUGGAGUUUUUCGAGCAACAGAAAAAUUGCAAAUGACCGAGAACAAUUAAUUGAGUGGCUGGCAACUUGUAAUUACAAAUGCAAAUAAUAGAGUGGAAUGGAUCUCAACUUGUGGAUUCACAAAUCUAAUUGCAAGAGGUUUGCGGAAUAGUGUAAGUGGGGAAUAUGUGUAGUGAAAAUUGCAAAAUGCAAUAACCCUGACUAAAGGAAAGAAAAAAGAAAGGCGUGAUUUCAUAGUGUUAUUAUUUCUUUUUAAUCUAUCCUAAGGCUGUAAGGUGUGUGUGUUUCUUUUUUCCCCCUUUUAUCAAAUAGCUAUCAUUUAUUUCUUUUUUCUUAUAUAUAUUAUUUCUUUUUCAAAAUAUCUACCACCAACGUAGUAUGUUGAAUUGUGUAAAACGUUUAUUAAUCAGAAUCGGGUACCAAUAGCAAUGCCCCCA